UAAAACUAUUUUUUCCCAUCAACUUGGUAGUCUCUUUUUAUCUAUAAAUUCCAUCCUCUCUUUACUCCAAGUCCCCCCCUCUCUUCCCUUCUCUCCCUUGCCAAAUCUUUAGCAUCUUUUUGGUUCCUUUCCUUGGAGAUAUUUUGCUAGUAAUGUAUUUCCGUCUUUCAAAUUAGCUUUGAACUGAAGCCAUAUCCUUCCAUUUCUGUUCUCCAAUCUUGAUCCUGGAUCUCAGUUUCUUGAAUCCAAAAUCAAUCAGUACUCUGUGAUUUUCUCCAUCUUGGUGCAAUUUUUCUGUGCUGAGCAGGGGUUUUAGGCUAUUUUAUAAUAUCAAUUAGUACUCACAAUCUUUUUCUCUUGGGUUUUAGUGGGAUUUUUUAAAAGUUGUCUUGAUGAUAAGUUUUCUGCUCUUAAUGUUUGAGAUUCAUGUCUCCAAUUCUCAGUGAGAUUUUCAUUUCUGGGUGUAUGAUAAAUUCCACCUUCAGGCGCAGGACCCAUUUAGUUCAAUCAUUCUCAGUUGUUUUCCUUUACUGGUUGUAUUACGUUUCAUGAUUUUUGCUCAAAAUCUGACCUUUAUAUUAUAAUUUAUAUAUAAUAUAUAUAUAUAUUACCUUUACUACUACUGUUGUCUGCAUUAGUUUUGAGUCUGUUGCUAUCUGGGUCCUGCCAUAACUCUUUCUUUGUUGCUGUUCUUGUGUAAAAGUUGCGUGCUUGUUUUGUGGGUCUCUCAUGGCUUCGUCCAGUGGAACAUCUUCAGGUUCAUCUUUGAUUCAGAACUCGGGUUCUGAAGAGAAUUUGCAGGCAUUGAUGGAUCAGAGGAAGAGGAAGAGAAUGAUAUCGAAUCGUGAAUCGGCGAGGAGGUCUAGAAUGAGAAAACAGAAGCAUUUGGAUGAUCUGGUGGCUCAAGUGGCUCAAUUGAAAAAGGAGAAUCACCAGAUUAUUACCAGCAUCAAUAUCACCACUCAACAUUAUUUGAAUGUGGAGGCUGAUAACUCAAUCUUGAGAGCUCAAGUUAGUGAGCUCAGCCACAGAUUGGAGUUUUUGAACGGGAUCAUUAGUUUAUUGAAUUCAAGCAAUGGCCUCUUUGGAGAUUCAAGCAUCUUUAAUGAGCCAGCAGCCGACAGCUUCUUGAACCCGUUGAACAUGUCCUAUCUGAAUCAGCCGAUAUGUGCCUCUGCAGAUAUGUUUCAAUACUGAUUUGUUCUCCAAUAUGGGCGUGAUUCUAGGACUUCUAACAGAAGAGAGAGAGAUCCAUUUGGCACUAACAAUCAAGCUCAAGAAAUUAUCACUUAAAAGUUGUUAAGAAUUCAAGUGGUUUGGAAUAAGGUCCGGUGUGAGAGCGGAUAUGUAAGAAAGAACAAAAGGGUUGUGGCUAUUUAGGUUCUUGGUCUGUAAAUCGGGUUAUUAGUAUUACUGUUUGAUGUUGAAAGAAUUUGCUGUUAUCCUAUAUGUAAUGGUAUUUUAAUGAGUUUUGCUUCUUAA